AUGGCUCCUCCAGUCUGGACUCUGGUGCUGCUGGUUGGGGCUGCCUGGGGCCAGGGCCACAUGCCUGCCACCACCAGCGGCCCCUUCUUCCCAGCCAUUCUCACCCAGUGUGACUUUGAGGAUGACUCCAGACCCCUCUGUGAUUGGACCCAAGGGUCCAUGGAUGAUGGGGACUGGAUUCGAGCCAGUGAGCCCUCUCCCACUGACAGCACCAGACCCCCUGGGGGGUACCCCAAUGGAGAGGGCUACUACCUGUACAUGGUACCAAACCACUUCCACCCGGGCGGGGUGGCCCGCCUGCACAGCCCCCCAAUAUGGCAACAAGGCCCCCUCUGCGUGCGCUUCGUCUACUACAUGUUCGGGCUGUCGUGGGGCGCCCAGCUCAGACUGCUGCGGACCACGGGCACCAAGGGCAAACGCCCCAACGUGCUCUGGAAACACACUAACACGCAGAGCCCCUCCUGGAUGCCCACUGCCGUCUCGGUGCCCACUGGGCUCGUCCUGCCCAGCCGGCUGACAUUUGAAGGAGUGCGGGGCAGCACUGCUUACCUGGGCAUUGCUCUGGACGCCAUCUCCAUCCAUCGGGGCUCCUGCAAUCGGAUCUGCAUGAUGCAAAUGUGCAGCUUUGAUACCCCAAAUGAUCUCUGUGGCUGGAGCUGGAUCCCGACGACCUCUGGGGCCAAGUGGGUCCAGAAGAACGGGUCGACAGGGGUACUGAACGUGGGGCCCGAGGAUGACUUCUCUAGCCCUGGCAUUUGUGUGAAUCAGCCAUGUCCAGGGGGCCAAGAAAAGGAAGAGGAUAUGACCCUGGGGGACCUAAAAGGUCAGAAUCCAAAGAACAAGGUUCUGGCUGCUGCUUCUGAGAGGAUGCCGCUUUUCCUAGGCAGUACCUGCAUCCUCACCCAGACCUACCGAACACUUCUGGAAGGAUCCAAGGCCUUAGCCAGUCCCUAUGCCAUACACCCCCUAAUUCCAGCCACCACCACCCUCCCCACUUAACUGGCCUUUUCCUUCCCAGGUGGCUUCUACAUGCUCCUGGACGCCAAGAAUGCAAAACCAGGGCAGAAAUCUGCCCUCCUGAGCCCUCUGAGCCGGUCCUCCGGCUGCCUGAGCCUGUCCUUUCACUACACCCUCCAUAACCAGUCCCCAGGUGCAGCCCUCAUGAUCUACGCUUCUGUCUUGGGCAGCAUCCAGAAACACACUCUCUUCUCAGGACAACCCGGACCCAACUGGCAGCCUGUUUCUGUCAAUUACACAGGCCAGGGGCGGAUUCAGUUCACCAUGGUGGGCGUGUUUGGAAAGAUCCCCGAGCCAGCUGUGGCGGUGGAUGCAAUCAGCAUCGCUCCCUGUGGGGAGAGCUUUCCUCAGUGUGACUUUGAAGACGAUGCCCACCCUUUUUGUGACUGGAUCCAGAUAUCCCAGAAUGGUGGACACUGGACCCAGGGAAAUGAAAGUACACCCAUCCAGGGUCCAGGCCCCUUCGGAGGCUCCCUCAGUGGAGAAGGUCACUAUGUCUACCUGGAGACUGACAAGGUCUCCCAGGCAGGCCAGGCUUUCAGACUGGUGAGCCGGCCCUUCUGCGCCCCGGGUGCGAUCUGUGUGGAGUUUGCUUACCACAUGUAUGGCCUUGGAGAGGAAGCAAAGCUCAGGCUUCUGCUGGCGAGUCCUGCAGGCAGUUCCCCAAGUUCUCUCUGGGAACGCGUUGGGUCUCAGAGCCCUGACUGGCUGAAAGCCUCUGUCACCAUCCCUUUGGGACAUCAGCGGCCCAUUCAGCUGACAUUCGAGGCUGUCAGGGGCACCAACACUGCCUUCGUUGUUGCUGUGGGAUUCAUCUCGAUCAACCACGGGACCUGUCGGGUCCCUUCUGAAACCUCUGUCUUCACAGAAAAACCUAUGGCCCCCACAGAAAAACCAUCUGUCCCCAGUGAAAUAGCCACUGUCACCACAGAAAAGCCCACUGUUUCCACUGAAAAACCUACAAUCCCCACAGAAAGUCCUACAGUCCCCACAGGAAAACCUGCAGUGCCCACAGAAAAACCCACUGGGCUCACUGAGCAGCCCACCACCCCCACAGAAAGGACCACCAUCCCCACAGAAAAACCCACGGUCCCCACCCAAAGGACCACCAUCCCCACUGAAAGGACCACCAUUACCACUGAAAGGACCACUAUCCCCACAGAAAGGACCACCAUCCCCACAGAAAAACCCACGGCCCCCACCCAAAGGGCCACCGUCCCCACUGAAAGGACCACCAUUACCACUGAAAGGACCACUAUCCCCACAGAAAGGACCACCGUCCCCACAGAAAAACCCACCGUCCCCACAGAAAAACCCACGGUCCCCACCCAAAGGACCACCAUUCCCACUGAAAGGACCACCAUUCCCACCAAAAAGACCACCAUCCACACAGAAAGGACCACCAUUCCCACUGAAAGAACCACCACUACCACCAAAAAGACCACUAUUCCCACUAAAAGGACCACCACUCCCACUGAAAGGACCACCACUCCCACUGAAAGGACCACCACUACCACCAAAAAGACCACUAUUCCCACUAAAAGGACCACCACUCCCACUGAAGGGACCACCAUUCCCACUAAAAAGACCACCAUCCCCACAGAAAAACCCACAGUCCCCACCAAAAGGACCACCAUUCCCACUGAAAGGACCACCAUCCCCACAGAAAAACCCACCACUCCCACUGAAAGGACCACCAUUCCCACAGAAAAACCCACGAUCCCCACUGAAAGGACCAGAGCUCCUGCGACACCCCUGUCCAGCCCUACCCUUGUACCCACUGGGCCAACAGUCCUAGGGGUGCCUCCUGGUGCUCCAAGUACCUCCAUGACCACUGUGACCCCGGCCACCACUACAGUGAACUGCCCCCCAGAUGCCCACUUUGAGCCCUGCGCCUGCCCGGCAUCCUGCCAGAGCCCCACACCCAACUGUGGGCGCCCCUGCAAGCCCGGCUGUGUUUGCAAUCCUGGCUUUUUCUUCAAUGGCUCCCGCUGCAUCAACGCCUCUUCCUGCAAUUGCUUCUACAAUGAAAAUUUCUAUAAGGCGGGGUCAGAGUGGUUCAGCCCCAACUGCACAGAGCGGUGCCGCUGCUGGCCUGGCAGUCGGAUGGAGUGCCAGGCCUAUAAGUGCGGGGGGCGCACAGUGUGCCAGCUGAAGAAGGGCCAGUACCGAUGCCACCCCUAUGGCCCUGCCACCUGCUCCGCCUACGGAGACCCUCAUUACCUCACCUUCGACGGGAGGCGUUUUAACUUCAUGGGCAAGUGCACCUACAUCUUGACUCAACCCUGUGGCAACCUGACAGAGCCAUUCUUCAGGGUGACAGUAAAGAAUGAGGAUCAAGGACAAGAAGGCGUGUCCCACCUAAGCAAGGUCUACGUGACUCUGCCCGAAACCACCAUCACCCUGCUCAAGGGCAGACGCACGCUGGUUGGGGGUCAGCUAGUCACCCUUCCAGCCAUACCUUCUAAAGGCGUCUUCCUGGCUCCAAGUGGGCGAUUUGUGGAGCUGCAGACGGCGUUCGGUCUGCGGGUGAGAUGGGACGGUGACCAGCAGCUGUUUGUGACUGUGCCCAGCACCUACUCUGACAAACUCUGUGGAUUCUGUGGCAACUAUGAUGGCGACAGCAGCAACGACAACCAGAAGCCAGAUGGCAGACCAGCGCGAGAUGAGGUGGAGCUGGGUAACAGCUGGCAGACCUCAGAGGAUGAGGACCAGAAGUGCCAGCAGAAUCAGGAGUAUCCUCCCUCUUGCAGCACAGACCUGCAGAACAAUAUGUCGGGGCCAGAGUUCUGUGGACGGCUUGUGGCCUCUCGCGGAGCCUUUGAGGCAUGCCUGCCUCACAUCAUGGCUUCAUCCUUCUUCGACAACUGCAUGUUUGACAUGUGUAACUUCCAAGGGCUGCAGCAGGAGCUGUGUGCCCACAUGUCGGCCUUGACUGAGACCUGCCAGGAUGCUGGCUACGUGGUGAAGCCCUGGAGAGGACCCCAGUUCUGCUCUCUGGCCUGCCCAGCCAACAGCAAGUACACGCUGUGUGGCAAGAUGUGCCCCGACACCUGCCACUCUGGGUUCUCGGGCAUGUCCUGCCAGGACCGCUGUGUGGAGGGCUGCGAGUGCGACCCUGGCUUCAUCCUCAGCGGUCUCCAGUGCGUCCCCCGGUCUGAGUGCGGGUGCCUCGACCCCACAGCCGGCUACUUCAAGAUUGGGGAGCGGUGGUUCAAGCCGGGCUGCACACAGCUCUGUAUCUGUGAGGGCAGCAACAGAAUUCGCUGUGUGCUCUGGAGAUGCCAGGCCCAGGAGCUCUGUGGUCGGCAGGAUGGCAUCUAUGGUUGCCACGCUCAAGGGUCCGGCACCUGCACUGUCUCGGGGGACCCCCACUACCUGACGUUUGAUGGAGCCCUGCACCACUUCAUGGGCACCUGCACCUACAUCCUGACCCGGCCUUGUUGGCUGAGGUCCCUAGAGAAUAACUUCGUCGUGAGCGCCACCAACGAGUUCCGCCACGGGAACUUGGAGGCCUCCUAUGUCAGAGCCGUCCACGUGCAGGUCUUCAACCUCAAAAUCUCGCUGAUCAAAGGCCUCAAGGUCGUGCUGGAUGGUCGCCGGGUGGCCCUGCCCCUGUGGCCUGCACAAGGCCGUGUGAACGUGAGGUCCAGUGGCUCCUUUGUCCUCCUCUACACGAACUUUGGGCUUCAAGUUCGCUAUGAUGGGAGCCAUCUGGUGGAAGUGACCGUGCCCUCCUCCUAUGCUGGCCGGCUCUGCGGGAUGUGCGGGAACUACAACAACAACAGUCUAGACGACAUUCUACAGUCUGAUAAAAGACCUGCAAGCAGCCCUGCACGCCUGGGGGCCUCCUGGAAGUUAAAUGAGUUAUCUGAACCUGGCUGCUUUGCUGCAGGUGGCAAUUCCCCCAAGUGCCUGGGGGAUGAAGUGCCCGAUACCUGGAAUAAGAACUGUGAAAUCUUAAGGAACCCUUUGGGACCCUUCUCCCAGUGCCACAAGGUGGUGUCCCCGCAGUCCAGCUUCAAAAGGUGUGUGUAUGGCCAGUGUGGAACCAAGGGCGAUGCCCUGACCCUGUGCCGCUCCCUGCAGGCCUACGCAUCCCAGUGCGCCCGCGCCGGCCAGGUCCUCACCUGGCGGAAUAGCACCUUCUGCCCUCUGAAGUGCCCACUGGGCAGUAGCUACAGCACCUGUGCCAACCCCUGCCCGGCCACCUGCCCUGGCCUGAACACCCCAUCUCCCUGCCCGUCCUCACUGCCUUGUGCCGAGGGUUGCGUGUGCCAGAAAGGCCACAUCCUGAGCGGAACCUCCUGUGUGCCUCUCAGCCGGUGUGGCUGCACCAGCCAGAGAGGCUCCUACCACCUGGUCGGGGAGAGCUGGUACACGGACAACACCUGCUCCAGGCUCUGCACCUGCUCCACCCACAACAAUAUAUCCUGCCUCCAAACGGCCUGCAAGCGUGACCAGAUGUGCUGGCCCCAGGAUGGGCUGAUCCGGUGCCGGGUGGCAGGGAUGGGAGUGUGUCGCAUCCACAAUGGCUCCCACUACGUAAGCUUCGAUGGUAGUUACCAUGCCGUCAGGGGCACCUGCACUUACAUCCUGGCGAAAACAUGCCACUCCACCAUGGACCUGCCUUUCUUCAAGAUCAGUGGCAAGAAUGGGAAGCGGGAAGGCCAAGCCCCCAAUUUCUACCUCCGCCAGGUCCACGUGGACAUCUAUGGGUCCCUGGUCACUCUGCAGAAGGACCAAGUGCGGAUCAAUGGCACACGAGUCUCCCUUCCUGCGACCACCCAGGUCCGGGGGGUCAAAGUCACUUCCAGGAAUGGCUAUCUCGUGCUCAACAUCAUCAUUGGGGUGCAAGUCAAGUUUGACGGCAAUGGUUCCAUAGAGAUCGAACUCCCCAAAGCCUAUUACGGAAAGACUUGCGGCAUGUGUGGGAACUUCAACGGUGAGGAAGAAGACGAACUCAUGAUGCCCAGUGAUGAACUAGCCCAGGAUGACGUCAUGUUUGUGGACAGUUGGCAAGAUAAGGAAAUCGAUCCAAACUGCGAAGAAGACGACAAGAAGACCGAAGCUGAACCGCAGGAGAAGCCAGAUACAAACUGCAGGCCAGCUGACCUGCAGAAAGCCCAGGAACAAUGCCAGGCGGCCUUUGGGGCUCCCGCUUGGGCCACAUGUGCCUCCCGUGUGAUCCUCAGUCCCUUCUUGCGCAGCUGUACCCACAAACUCUGUGAGUUCGGAGGCCUAAACCGUGCCUUCUGUGAGUCUCUGCAAGCGUUUGGGGCUGCCUGCCAGGCCCGGGGAGUGAAGCCUCCAAUCUGGAGAAAUAGCAGCUUCUGCCCUCUGGACUGCUCCACCCACAGCAUCUACACAAACUGCCUUCCCUCCUGCUCCCCUUCCUGCUUGAAUCUGGAAGACCAGUGCCAAGGGGGCAGACUUCCCUCCACCUGCGAGGAGGGCUGCGUCUGUGAGCCCGGCUACCUGCUCAGUGGGCAGCAGUGUGUGUCUAGGAGUCAGUGCGGCUGCAAAGACACCCAGGGUGCCUACCUCCCUGCGGGGAAGUCCUGGCUCUCCGGAGGCUGCUCGAACAGCUGUACCUGCAAAGGGGGAGCCAUUCAGUGCCGGCCCUUCACCUGCCCCUCUGGUUCUCACUGCCAGCCCAGCUCCAAAGAAAAGGGCAAGGACAGCUGCACAGCUGACAAGUGGGAGCAAUGCACAGUUUUUGGGGAUCCCCACUACCGCACAUUUGAUGGCCUCAGCUACCGCUUUGAAGGACGCAUGACCUACACGCUAGUCAAGACCAUGGACGUGCUCCCCGAUGGGGUGGAGCCCGUAGUUGUGGAGGGACGCAACAAGGUGUAUCCGUCCUUCAAGCCGAUCUUCCUGCAUGAAGUCAUUGUGAAGGUCUACGGCUACACAGUCCAGCUCCAGGAUGAACUGGAGAUUGUGGUCAAUGGUCAGAAGAUGGCCAUCCCCUACAAGCCCAAUGACCAUCUGUCGAUCUUCUUGCGGAGCCAUCGUCUGUAUCUGAUCACAGACUUUGAGAUGGUCAUCAGCUUCAAUGACAGGCACAACGCAGUGAUCUCCCUGCCCAUCACCUACCAGAGGCUGGUGCUCGGCCUGUGCGGCAACUUCGACAAAAACAAGAGGAAUGACUUUGUGCUGCCUGACGGCACCCUCACCCAAAACCUCCUCCUCUUCGGCAACAGCUGGGAGGUAAAGAAGACCGAGGGAGGAGGACUCGCCCGCUUCUCAAGGGCCAUAGGAGAGGAGGAAGAGGAAAAAGAGUCAGGCUUUCAUGUGUCUGAAUGCAGCCCGGAGCAGCUGGAGCUCAUCAACAACACACAGGCGUGCAGGGUGCUGGUGGACCCCCAGGGCCCCUUUGCUGCCUGUCACCAGAUGGUGGCCCCAGAGCCCUUCCAGGAGCAUUGUGUGUCUGAUCUGUGUGCCGCCUGGGACCCCAAAGAGCAGGAGGAGCUGCGCUGCCAGGUCCUCAGUGGCUACGCCACCAUCUGCCAGGAGGCGGGCGCCUCCCUGGCCGGCUGGCGGGACCACACCCACUGUGCCUUGCAGUGUCCGGCCAAUACUGUCUAUCAGAGCUGCAUGAGCCCCUGCCCAGCCUCCUGUGCCAGCCUGGUGGUCCCUGGGGACUGCGAUGGCCCCUGUGUGGAGGGCUGUGCCAGCCUCCCGGGCUACGCCUACAGUGGUGCCCGGAGCCUUCCCCUGUCCCGCUGUGGCUGCACCGACAAGGGCAUCUACUAUCAGCAGGGUGACAGCUUCGUGACCGAGGACUGCUCUCAGCGCUGCACCUGCGCCAGCUCGGGGGUCCUUCUGUGUGAGCCCCUCAGCUGCAGCACUGGGGAGAUCUGCACCCUGGGGAACCUCACUCGUGGCUGCUUUCAAGAUAGCCCGUGUCUACAGAACCCCUGCCAGAAUGACGGGCGGUGCCAGGAGUGGGGAACCCACUUCAUCUGUGAGUGUGAACUUGGUUAUGGGGGAGACCUCUGCUCAGAGCCUCGGGACGUGCUGCCCCGCAAAAAACCAGAAGCAUCCAACUUUGUGGCCAUCCUAUUGGGAAUGCUGGUGCCCGUGGUGGUCAUAGUGCCCGCAGUGACCAGGGAGUGCGUUUCCAGGAAGCGGUGGAGGAGGAGGAAUAAAAGGCAGAGCCAGAACCGAGACAAGCUGGCGGGUCCAGACUUUGCUCCAGAGCAUGCCUUCACCAUCGCUGAGUUUUGA